CCGUGACUUCUGCCCGGCCCUAAGAUGGCGGUAGUCCUCAGCGCGCGUCUCGGCUGUGUGGGAGCUUCGUUCCGUGCCAAGCAGCCCCUGUCCAUGUAACGUUCUCUUUCUUCAGCUUUAGGAUACAUCUGAAAAUCCUGAAGGUGGUAUUAGGUCCUCUUCUGAAGAGCGAGUAUUUACAUCACCAGAAUGCCCAACUCCAGUGCUAAAUUUCAUUGUAACCACAGAGGUGGUCAGGAAGCUGGCAGGCGAGAGUUGGUUUCCAGGUCUUUGCAGAGUGCUCAGCAUUGCCUGGAGGACCAGGAUUUUGGAACUGCAUAUGCUCACUAUCUCUUGGUACUAAAUCUAGCUCCCGAGUUAAAAACUAGCGUCAAAGAAACGUUUCAGUUUACUCUAUUUAAAUGGGCAGAAGAGCUAGAUUCUCUGGCACGGAGUCAGGAUCUGUUUAACUGUUAUGAACAAGCACUUGAACUGUAUCCAAAUGAUGAAGUGAUAUGUAAUAGUAUGGGAGAACAUCUCUUCAGAAUGGGCUUUAGAGAUGAAGCUGCUGGAUAUUUUCAUAAAGCAGUGAAGCUUAACCCAGACUUUGCUGAUGCAAAGGAGAAUUUUUACCGUGUUGCAAACUGGCUUGUGGAACGCUGGCACUUCAUCAUGCUCAACGAUACCAAGAGGAACCUCACUUACCUAAAAGCAAUUGAGAGCGCUGUCCGCUCAGGGUGCAAAUCUGUCCUUGAUAUUGGAACAGGAACAGGAAUUUUGAGUAUGUUUGCAAAAAAGGCAGGAGCAUCUUUUGUCUACGCCUGUGAAUUAUCAAAAACCAUGUAUGAACUUGCCUGUGAUGUUGUGGCAGCAAAUAAUAUGGAAAGUAAGAUCAAACUUCUGCAUUUGAAGUCACUUGAUAUAGAAAUUCCAAAGCACAUACCUGAAAGAGUUUCCUUGGUUGUCACGGAAACAGUUGAUGCUGGUUUAUUUGGAGAGGGGAUUGUGGAGAGCUUGAUACAUGCUUGGGAACAUCUUCUUUUACAACCAAAGCCUAAAAAUCAAGAUGUCAGUAGUGGAGACUAUGGCAGAGUUAUUCCUGCAAGUGCUACAAUAUUUGGGAUGGCAGUAGAAUGCAAAGAGAUACGUAGAUAUCACAGGGUGGAAAUACAAGAAGUUGCUGGUGUGUGCUUGUCGAAUUCAGUGCAGUUUUUUAGUCCAACAUAUGCUUCUGCUGGUUCAGAGGAAACUGUUGAACCUUACACCACGGAGAAGCUCAGUCGUAUUCCUGGAGGUUACAUACCUCUAACAGAACCUUGUCAAGUAAUGACAGUAGAUUUCAAUAACCUUCAGGAGCUCAAAAGCCUUGCAGCUCGAAAGCCCUGGAAGGUCAGCCUGCCAGUCACUGAAAGAGGAACACUAGAUGCUGUUGUGGUGUGGUUUGUACUACAGCUUGAUGAUGAGCAUGCUCUAUCUACAAGCCCCAGUGAGGAAACUUGCUGGGAACAGGCAGUCUAUCCCGUGCAGGGCCUCCUUGAUUAUUCUGUUAAGACUGGAGAUACUGUGGUGAUGGAAGUUUGCUGCCAAGACUGCUACUUGAAGAUCCAGAAGAUUUCUUCUUUGACUUCAGAGUGUGGGAUGGACUUCAGCAACAGAGAUGACACGCUGAGUUUGGGCAAUGAGGCUGAAUUGUGCAACGCUCUGGCUGGUCUUCAGACAACUAGCAAACAGGAUGGCAAUGCUCAAGUAUGUGUCUUGGAAUCCACAGAAAUAGCCCUGCUGAACAAUGUACCGUACCACGAAUGCUUUAAAGCUGCCAUGGGCAAAGUGCUGUUGGCUUUAAAUCCAAGUAAGGACUUGCAGUCCAUGGAUGUUGAUGGACAUGGCAGUGGGGUGAACCUCCAGGAGAGUCAAAACAAGAGCUCUCUAGAUGCAGCUCCUGAUCCUUUGUACAUUUUAGAUGUAUCUGAAGGUUUCUCCAUCCUGCCAGUUAUAGCUGGCAAACUUGGACCAGUUAGAGCCUACAGUUCUAUUGAGAAAGAACAGCAUCAGGCAGCACUUAAUGUCAUUGCAGAAGCUAACCAUUUCCCUAAGGAAACUUUAGAGUUUUGGCUCAGCCACUUAGAAGAUGAAAAUGUGGUGCUACAGAGACCCAAAUCAGACAAAUUGUGGAGUAUUAUUAUCCUGGAUGUUAUAGAGACAUCAGGUUUAAUCCAGCAGGAGGUGAUGGAAAAGGCUGCAAUAUCCAGAUGUUUACUUCACAGUGGAGGGAAGAUUUUCCCACAGUAUGUUUUGGUAUACGGGAUGCUCGUAGAAUCAGAGUCUCUGUUACUGGAGAGUGCGGUUCAAGGAACAGAGCCAACUCUUGGGUUUAAUAUAGCCCCUUUUAUCAACCAGUUCAAGGUGCCUGUCCGUGUGUAUUUGGAUCUCUCUACAUUACCAUGUCUACCCUUGAGCAAGCCAGUGGAGCUUUUAAGGCUAGAUCUCAUGAACCCUCUGUUGAACAGUUCCAGCAGAGAAGUGAAGGUACAAAUUUGUAAGUCUGGCCAAGUGACUGCAAUUCCCUUCUGGUAUCACAUACAUCUGGAUGAAGACCACAGCUUGAAUACAUCUGAUAAGUCCUCACACUGGAAACAAGCUGCAGUUGUUCUCGAUAAGCCCAUCCAAGUUCAGGUUGGAGAUGAACUCGUGCUUGAUGUUCAACACCAUAAAAGCAAUAUUAGCAUUACGGUUAAACGGCAAAGAAUGUCAUGUGUAAACUGAUCUGUGGCUAAUUACCUGUAAAUUGGCUGUGUGUAACAUCGCUGAUGUUAAUUUAUAUUAAAGUCUAAAUUUUAUUUACUGUUGUUGCUUUAAUAGUAGAUGCUUAAGUUCCACUGAUGGACUACACCUUGCCCUGUGAAGGGUAUCUUACCAGGCAACUGGGGGAGGUAGUGUCUUCACCACAGCAGAAACCUGACUGCUGGCUGUUGCAGUGACUGUAGCCAAAGUGGGACUGGCUUCUUUUGCUACCCUAUCAUCUGUAGUAAGAAGAAAAGCAUCCACAUGCCUGUACCAGAAAGAAACAGCUGUGGCUGUUCAGGAUAAGAGUCUUGAGACACAAAGCUGUGGUUCUGCUUCUCAGGUGCCAAGUGCCCUAUGUACCUCUAUUAGAGGGAGACAAUUAGAAAAAGUUGUAAAGGAGGGUUGUUGAAUAACUCGAGUUCUAGAGUGGAAGGUAAAGCUAGUAAACUUGAAAUUCCCUCAGAAUCAUUUCUGGUAAUAUAAUGGGCCUAGAGUCUUGUUCAUGUGAAAAGUGGUAUACAAUAUUACAUGUUACCACAGUACUCCCGCAUCUCUUCUACAGCUUUGCAUUUUAAUAUAAUGCAGGUAACAAGUUCCUUCUAGUAAAUCUGUAUCCAAAUGGAAGAUUAACAAAAGCCUCUCAGCACUGAUUCUACCUUUAGCUAUGAGACUGUUAGCAAGGUAUUUUGUCACUAAUUUUCUUUAUAUUGUGUUGUUUAUUCAGUGUAGAAGCAGCAUUUCCUUAACAGGAGCCUGUAUAGAGCCAUCCACUAAUUAUUUUAUAGAAUCUCCCUGCAUGUAUGAUCUGUAUGCCCUCUUCAUUAGGUCAGAGGGCUCAGAUGACUCUUUUGGUUUAAUCUCAGGGACUGCUGGAGCUGUCCCAGCCUGCAGCUGAACUUGCACUUGACAGACUGCUAUAAUAAAGCUCUUUCUAGAAGGAUGGAGGAAAGGUUUCCAAUUUAUUUUAUCUUUUUCCAAAACAGAGGUAAUGAUUAUGUCAACUUUCCUGAUGAUAAAGUAACUGUAUACCAUCCUUCAUCCAAGCAGUACAAUGCACAGCAAAAUGUAAGCAGAUUAGAGUAGGACAGAGGUGUUUUAUA